UGUGGCGAUCUUUUCAAGGUGAAGGAGGUGACGGAUUUUUCAGAUUGGUUGGGCAUGAAGUUUUUCAUGUGCGCCAAUUAUGAGGAAGAUCCUGCCGUAGCUAUUUCAGAGUACGACAAGCCUCCAUCUCCUCCGCCUCUGUGCAUGUACUAUCAUUGGAUUGACACGGAGAAGCCGGCUUGGGCAGUGACUGAGAUUCGUGAAAGAAGUCGCCGUGCGUGGAAUAGUUUAUUUGCGGAAGAGCGACGCGAGAAGGCGGAAGCUGAGGAGAAAGCAGAGCAAGAGAGAGAGUUAAAAGAAUACUAUGCGGAGCAACACCGUUUUUUUGAGGAAAUGGGAAAGAAAAACAGGGAAGAGGCUCGUCGCAUGGAGGAGCAGGAACGACAGCGAAAGGAGGCUCGUGAGGCAGAGAGGCAGAGAAAGAAAGAAAGGGCUCGUCAGGCUAAGGCAACAGAAGAAGCUGGCGAUGGAAAAGGAAAAUAUCCACGCUGGACUCAGUAGAUUCCUGUGGUAGUAUUUAAAAUUCCGCAAUCAUUUGUAUCUUUAUUUCUGCACUUUAAUGUAGCUUUAUUUCAGGAGUUAAAUGUAGGUAUAUUCCUACAAUGUAUCUUAUUUUCA